AUGAAGCUCCUCCUCGCCUUCUGCGCUCUCGCAGCCGCAACAUUCAUCCCAAACAAAGAACAUAAUUCACCCCACAUAGUCACAAUCCUAUUUGCAGAGGAGAAAAGUGGCCGCAACUUCCCCGUGAACAUCCCUGCCGACCAACGGACAUAUAAUGUUCAUAAUCUCUUCCAUGGAAUUCAUCAAGGGGUUCCUCUCUUCGCAACCUCUGCUCAACUUACUAGCUCGCUGUCACAAGGAACAACCUGUGUGAUUUCAUUUGAUGGAAAGAAAAUUGCAACUUUGAGCACUGAACAUUCUUUUGCGUGGUUACAUGAACAGGGUCCUCGUCAUUCGCCUGUUAAUAUUGAUCAUGCGACUAUUAUUUGCCGGGCUUGA